AUGAAUAAGUUUUUAAUUUUUUUAUUAAUUUUUGUUAUACUCUCUAUAACAUGUGAAACAUUUAAAUUAAUUCCUAUUGAUGAGGAUGACGAUGAUGUUGAAGCUAUUAAUUUUAACAAAGAUGAUACUGAAACUAAAGAGGAAAAAUUUUUAAGAAUUGAUGAAGAUGCUGAUGAAAAUUUAACAUUUGAUGAAUUUUUACACUCAGAUAUGAAUUAUGAAAAAAUUAAAAAAGAAGAAUUUGAAUCUUAUGAUAGAAAUGGUGAUGGAAUUGUAACUAAAGGAGAAUACUACGAUAAACACAAAGAAGAUGAAGAAGAGUUUAAAAAUCAUCAUACCAAUUAUAUUAAUGAAUUAUUUGAGGAAUUUGAUAUUGAUAAAAAUAAUAAGUUAAAUGAACGUGAAGUAGAAAAUGUUUUGCGUAAGAAAUUUCUUUUAAAACCAAAAUCUAACUUUAAUCAUGUUAUUUCUUCAUUUGACAAAGAUGGUGAUUCAGAAUGGAAUAAGGAAGAAUAUUCUGGUUUUGACAAAAAAUUACCUUUUGAAGAAUUUGAUAGUGUUAUAAAUGGUGACAAAAAAACAAUUAAUCUUUAA